GUCAAAAUAAAACAAUAUUCAAGACGACGUGACGUUUCAUUUCUGAUUUGAGUUUUCUGUGUAGAAUUUGUUUAAAGUCCAACAUUUUUCAAUAAAAAAAAAACAGGGUUAUCGACCUAUAUUAGUGCUAAGAAAAUUUUAUACAAUCAAGUUAGGCAACAAAUAAUUUAAAAAAAUGUUCAUUUGGGAUUGGUUUACAGGUGUUUUAGGAUAUUUAGGUUUGUGGAAAAAAUCUGGAAAAUUAUUAUUUUUGGGACUUGAUAAUGCCGGGAAAACAACAUUAUUGCACAUGCUUAAAGACGACAGAUUGGCGCAGCAUGUUCCAACAUUACAUCCAACUUCUGAAGAACUUUCAAUUGGAAAUAUGAGAUUUACUACCUUUGAUUUAGGGGGUCACACUCAAGCUCGUCGUGUAUGGAAAGAUUAUUUCCCUGCUGUUGAUGCCAUUGUUUUUCUAAUAGAUGCAUGGGAUGUUGGCCGGUUCCAAGAAAGUAAAAUUGAAUUGGAUUCAUUAUUAACAGAUGAAGCACUGUCAAAUUGUCCUGUCCUGAUAUUAGGUAACAAAAUUGAUAAACAAAAUGCGGCAAGUGAAGAGGAUUUGAGAAAUGUAUUUGGACUUUAUCAAUUAACUACCGGAAAAGGUAAAGCAUCGCGAUCAGAACUACCAGGACGUCCAUUGGAAUUAUUUAUGUGUUCUGUAUUAAAAAGGCAGGGCUAUGGUGAAGGAUUUCGUUGGUUAGCUCAGUAUAUCGAUUAAAUUUAUUUUCUCAGUUUUAAGGUGUUUGAAUGUAAAGGACAUUUAAGAGAACAUUUUUGUUUUAGAGUAAGGAAAAUUAAGAGGGUUGAGAAUAAAACAAUUAAAACAUUUUUUACAUCAAAUUUGAUAAACUAAAUUAAUUUACUUUUUGUGUUUUUUGAGUUAUUAUAAAUGUACCUAUUUCAAAUUAUUGAUCAAUAAUUAUAAAUUUGAAAUGUAAUAAACACAUAUGAGCAAAA